CCCCGCUGCCCCGGCCCCCCGGCGAGGGUAUAAAAGCAGAGCGGGGUCCAGACGCCCUACAGGGUCCACGCCGUGAGAGCCGCACCGCGCCGGCCCGCAGUCUCGCCGACCGAGGUUUACAAGUGUGGAAAUUAGACCCCUACUUUCACAAAGCUUGGCGAGCAGAGCAUUAUGAAUGUUAAUGACCUGAAACGCAGGUUGUCCAGAGCUGGGCAAGAGCAUCUGCUACAGUUUUGGAAUGAAUUGGAAGGAGCCCAACAGGUAGAACUUUUUGAAAACCUUCAGGCCAUGAACUUUGAGGAGCUGAACUUCUUUUUCCAAAAGGCUGCUGAAGGGUUCCACCAAUCCUCCCGUCAAGAGAAGGUGGAUGCACGCAUGGAGCCUGUUCCUCGGGAGGUGCUGGGCAGCACGACCAGGGAUCAGGAUCAGCUCCAGGCCUGGGAACGUGAAGGGCUUUUCCAGAUUUCUCAGAACAAAGUAGCAGUUCUUCUUCUAGCUGGUGGGCAGGGGACAAGACUCGGAGUCGCAUAUCCCAAGGGGAUGUAUGAUGUUGGCUUGCCAUCCCAUAAAACACUUUUCCAGAUUCAAGCAGAGCGCAUCCUGAAACUACAGCAGUUAGCUGAGAAAUAUGGCAACAAAUGCAUUAUUCCCUGGUAUAUAAUGACCAGUGGCAGAACAAUGGAAUCUACAAAGGAGUUCUUUGCAAAGCACAAGUACUUUGGUUUAAAAAAGGAGAAUGUAAUCUUUUUUCAGCAGGGAAUGCUGCCUGCUAUGAAGUUUGAUGGGAAAAUUAUUUUGGAAGAAAAGGGCAAAAUUUCUAUGGCUCCAGAUGGGAAUGGUGGUCUGUACCGGGCUCUGGCAGCCCAGAACAUUGUGGAAGACAUGGAGCAGAGGGGCAUUUGGAGCAUUCAUGUCUAUUGUGUUGACAACAUAUUAGUGAAAGUAGCAGACCCCCGCUUCAUCGGAUUCUGCAUUCAGAAAGGAGCAGACUGUGGAGCAAAGGUGGUCGAGAAAACUAACCCCACAGAACCCGUUGGAGUGGUGUGCCGUGUGGAUGGAGUAUACCAGGUGGUGGAGUAUAGUGAAAUUUCCCUCGCAACCGCACAAAAACGAAGCGCGGAUGGACGGCUGCUGUUCAAUGCAGGAAACAUCGCCAACCAUUUCUUCACCGUCCCUUUCCUGAGAGAUGUAGUCAAUAUUUUUGAACCUCAGUUGCAGCACCAUGUGGCUCAAAAGAAGAUUCCUUAUUUGGAUUCCCAGGGGCAGUUAAUUAAGCCGGACAAACCAAAUGGAAUAAAGAUGGAAAAAUUUGUCUUUGACAUCUUCAAAUUUGCAAAAAAGUUUGUGGUAUAUGAAGUAUUACGGGAAGAUGAGUUUUCCCCGCUGAAGAAUGCGGACAGUCAGAAUGGGAAAGACAAUCCUACCACUGCGAGACACGCUCUGAUGUCUCUUCACCACUGCUGGGUCCUCAAUGCGGGAGGCCACUUCAUAGAUGAGAAUGGCUCUCGACUCCCAGCCAUUCCCCGCGGUGCUACAAAUGGAGAGUCAGAGACCAUCACAGCUGAUGUCAAUCACAAUUUGAAGGAUGCCAAUGAUUUACCAAUCCAGUGUGAAAUCUCUCCUCUUAUCUCCUAUGCCGGAGAAGGGCUAGAAAGUUACGUGGCAGAUAAAGAAUUCCAGGCACCGCUAAUCAUUGAUGAGAAUGGAACCCACGAGCUGGUGAAGAAUGGUAUAUGAGCCAAAUGCCAGGCACUACCAUGAUCGGAACAGCUUUUAUUUUUGAUAGACUCUGAAUUGAAGGACCGCUCUCGGAAGACUGAUUUUGAAUAUCUACAGGGUUUCAGUUAAACCUCAUAGUGAUUAAAAACUCCUAAGAUCCAGGUGUCUGAACUUCAGAAAGCAUUUUUAUUGUUUUUAGCUCAUUGAAGGUUUUAUUUAUAUUUUUUUCAAUCAUAUAUUUUUCCUAAGUGAAGGAAAAUUGGGCAACCAGUAAGUUUCCUCCAGCUUUAGCGUAGUUGGGCUGCUGAGCCUCACUGUGCGUGGAGCCUGGAGUAUUUCUUCUCAGAGGUGUACAUAGUAAUAAUACGUCACUGCACGUGUUGAAAGGUUUCUAUGGUACUAAAAGUUUGUUUUAUUUUAUGAAACAUUAAAUUUUUAAAGUAAUAAUCUGACAAUAAAAGAAAUUUUUCUUCUCA